AGCCGCUCGAUCGAUGCAAAGGUUACAUUUUAUCCUAGCAUGCUACUUCAAGACGCAUACGCACUGCAGAGCUUACUGAAAUAUAAAUGUUUACAAAAAAUGGUAAAAAUUAGAUUGAUUUCCGUGGCUAUGUAGCAGUUGCCUGAUGGUGGAUGCACUUUUGGGAUUUCGGAUUUGCACGGACGCCCGUGUGUCUGCUCUCUCACUAGUAAAGUGGCUUCAUGAGUGUCCAAAGUAACAGUGGAAGUGGUGGUGGAAGUUUGGAGGCGACGCCAUCUUGGUCGCAGCUAUCCUCGUCCCUAACGAUUUCUCAACAACACAUAACGGCGACCACCAAGACCAAGGAAGGCCCCAUGGAGGAGCUGCACAGCCUGGACCCUCGCAGGCAGGAGCUUCUGGAGGCUAGGUUCAUGGGUGCGGUCAGCGGCAACACCGUAGGAAGCAGCGCCAGCGGCGGGGCCAAGGGUCUGGCCAACGAGUGCUCCAACCACAGCUAUGGCAGUCUCGGCUCUUCCAGCGACAAAGAGUCAGAGAACUCUGAUAUGAAGAGGGGGAGUUCUCCUGCAUAUUCUACCCCUGAGAAGAAGCACUCUGAGUCGCCCAGAGGAAGGAAGAGGAAAGCUGACAUCCAAUCGGAGAACAGCCAGGGGAAGACUUCCACACGGGGGCCCAAGAUCAGUGACUACUUUGAUUUCCAGGGGGGGAGUGGCUCCAGUCCGGUGAGGGCUCUACCCCAGUUCCUCCGCUCACCACAGAACUCUCACCACGGUGCUCACUCUGCACCUGGCUCUAACAUMAGACAGAACAGCUCCUCUCCUACCAGUCUGUGUUUCGGAGAUCACCUGAUGAACCACAAAGCCUCCUCCAGCAAGUGUGUUCAGACAGAGUUGACAGGUCUGAAACUGGCUGCUCUAGAGAGCAACAAGAGUCUGGACCUGGAGAAGAAAGAGGGACGCAUAGAUGACCUGCUUAGGGUAAUAUCUUGCUGGUGGAUGGGACUGCAUGUGGAGAGAUAAAGAUCACAGACUUUGGGCUGUCUAAGAUCAUGGAUGAUGACAACUAUGGUGUGGAUGGCAUGGACCUCACCUCACAGGGAGCUGGCACAUACUGGUACCUUCCCCCAGAGUGUUUUGUAGUGGGCAAGGAGCCUCCUAAGAUCUCUAACAAGGUGGACGUCUGGUCGGUCGGGGUCAUCUUCUUCCAGUGCCUCUAUGGACGGAAGCCAUUUGGCCAUAACCAGUCUCAGCAGGACAUCCUUCAGGAGAACACCAUCCUCAAAGCCACCGAGGUCCAGUUCCCUGCCAAGCCCCAGGCCAGCACAGAGGCCAAGGCGUUUAUCCGGCGCUGUCUGGCCUACCGUAAGGAGGCUCGUUUCGACGUUCACCAGCUGGGCACUGACACGUACCUCCUCCCUCACAUGAGACGCACCAACUCCUCAGGCUCCCUUCAGCCCGCCUCCUCCUCAAUCUCCUCCUACUGACUGGCUGAUGGACAUGACUGACAGGCCCACCGGCCAAUCCUAUAGCAGAACUGAUCCUAAUAUGGGAAAUGGAGUGGUGUUGGGUAUUCAGAAUCCCCCAGCCACUGUGAAAGGGACGUGAAUUUGUUUGGCUGAAUAGAAUGGAAUGGAUGACACGUGAGACAGGGAAAGAGAAAGACAGAGUGGAGGUGGAGACACUUUGCUAAUGUUUCCAAGUAGCUUUGCAGAAACGUUGCACUUUGUUCUGAUCUUGAAGGUGUACCUGGUUUACAGAGAGAGAGAGAGAGAGAGAGAGGAAGGAAGAGAAGCUCUACCCCUUGUGCAUGCCAUUGGACAUGCUGUGUCUGUUGCCAUGGGGACUUAAGUGGGGCUAGGCCACACCCCUUGCUAGUGUUGAACUGGGCUCUUAUUGGUGGAGAGGUAAACUGUAAACAAAAAGCAACACGUUUUGUUGUUUAUUGGAAUCCCCAUCAGAAGUCCAUUCCUAAAUAGACCACUAGCUUCUACUAUAGAAGGCACUUCCUGUAGAUCUGAAGGGAUUGGAUAGGCAUUAAACUAUCUGCACCUUGUGCCUGGAUAGGCCAAGUGGAAUGUUCUCCAUAUUGCUUAGACCUCUGCAGUCAGUUCAGAUCUACACCAGUAUGUUGGUGCUAGAGAUCGAUUUGGGAUGUGGCUUGAAUCCCCAGAAUAGAUCAGUUGGUUUGCCAGACUCACAGAAAACCUUGGACUAAAUUGCACUUCUAAUCAAGAUGAUUUGGUUUCAUGGACAUGACUUCUUGAAAUAGUCCUGGACUAAGGCUAAGCCUCAGUCCCAGACUGUCGGACAGAAGCUCAUAUUUAAUAUGUUCAUAAAGUCACGUUUUUAGAACUUGAAUCAAGAAUGAAAUCUACUCCUGGAUGAAUAUAAUCUGGCUGUGUGAAAGAAGUUGGUUUUAGGCAGUUUAGGUCCUCCGUGGAUCCAUCCCUCUACAAUGUGCUGAGUGCUAGGCCUGUUCAGGCAAUGAAGUCUGUUUAGCAGAACACAAUGAAACCAUAUAAGGAUCAGCGUUAUUGUAAAGAUUAAGGUUUCAAUACUCAAAUCAUCUGGAGGAAAUUCAAUGUACAUUUCAUGWGUAGGACUGACAUAUCUGCAAUCUCAGUCUGUACAGAGGGUCAAACACACUCAAUUGACUGAACUCUCACUAGGCAGUGCCCCGUUUGCACCUGUUUUCUCAAAUAAAUAAAAGACAAAACGCCUAGAAACAUAAUUCUCUUAUUUCCCACUUUUCUUUGAAAUUGUACCCUUCCCUUCCUCUGUUUUAUUGUCUAUUCUACCUUCACGUUUUCUAUUCUAGAUGGGAAAUAACAGGUGAAACGUUGAGCACAUGCAAGUUUCUCAUGUAUCCUUGUUCAUUUGUGCUCCGAAAGGCAUUUUUAUUUUGCUGCUAUAUAGAUGUGGCUUUUAGUUAAGAUCUAUCUGUAUGAGAUACCUCAGGUACAGAUAGUGCAGACCCGUGCGAACAGGAACACUCUAGGGCCCUGAAGUGUAUAGCCUACUCUUUGGGGGCCCUUUGAAGUGUACACUCCACUGUGGUGAGAAGAAUAAUGCUUCUGUAUGCCAGGAGUUCCAAUAACGUCAAAAUGUUUUACCACAGCAAUGUUUAUUAGUAGUCUGGAAACCAUGUGUCAUAUAUAUAUAUAUAAAGUUGUAUAAAACUGUUCAUGACAUAUAUGAAGGAAAAGCGCAGUUUGAUGAAGGCUCUCUUCUGUUCACUAACACUUUACUUGAAGUCUGUCAUAAGGCCUGCGUAACACUGACAUAACAGGUGUCAUAAGGAGUUAUUACAGCAUAUUGGUAGUGUGCCGAAUGUAAAGUGUUUAUAUUGGAAGACUGUGGAGCGUUAAACAGACGACACGUGUGUUUCAGAUUAGGCUUAGUGUGAACAUCAUGGCAGACCAUAAAGCAGGAGCCACAGCAGUUCAACACCAUGUAAACAGGUUUCACCACUGUCUGAUACAUACAGAUACGAGAAUGAAUGGGAGGCAAUGUCAGGUCCUGUCAUUCAUAUGCAAUAAAGAUUGCCCUACCAAG